AUGGCUAUCAACCGCUUAGUGGUCAUCUGCUUCAAAAGCCAAGACCUAUUCACUUGCAAAGUGCUCAUCGUCAUCUUCUCCUUUAUUUUCCCCUUAUGCAUUGCGAUGACGUAUAUAGCUCAGUUUGGAUUCCCCUGUUGUGCAUUGGUCUAUGAUUCACGCAUCCUUUCUAUAAGCUAUAUGUCUAGCGGGGAAAAGAACUUUUCGAACAUGUUCAUUGAUGUUCCUUUGAACUUUACUACCUCGUUCACUGCGUUGGUUUGUUAUAGUCUGAUAACAAUAAAAAUCUGGAAGUCAAAGAGAAUGGUCUCACCAAAUACGGAUUCAACUGGUAGCUUUGGAAAUAGGGAAUAUGCAUACGCCACUCAAUUCUGCCUAAUCACAAUUUUCUACACUAUCAGUUGGCUCUUGUUUAGAAUUUUCCCUAUCAUCCUGGAUAACCAGAAAGUUGAAUAUUACUGCUUUGUAAUGAUUGCAGUAUCCCUUAAUAACAGUGCCAAUGCAAUGGUAUAUAUUGUUUUUAACAAAGAGGUAAUCCGCCACAUUCUACGCAGCCGAUUUUUCAUAUUCCCACUCAGCGGAGCACAUUCUUCGAUUGCCUACGAGAAUAAUGCGUUCAAAAUGGUGUCAUCUGCGAAUUUUCCGUCGAGUGUUAGGCAGAUGUGA